UACACCUUUUGCUGAACUCCAGAGUGAAUCGGAGCUGUAGAUACGAAAUGAGUUCGCGAGACAAGGAUGUGACGGCGCCUCACCAACCGCUUCUCAGCAGUCUCGUCGUUCGCCCUACCGAUAGCGGCGGCGGCGGUGGUGGUGGAAGCGAUUACGAGCCCGGCGAAGUUCGCCGUGAUCCGCCUCCGUAUUCUCGUUCUGAUCGGUUUGAUGAUGAUAAUAAUAGUCAUGGAGGACUUUGGAUAUAACAAGUAUUUGCGCAUGUUUGCCGGGUGGUACCUUUUUUAGAUCGCUUUGAACGCCAGGUAGACGCGAUCUGUUUAGAUAUUUUUUUCUGUCGGUUUGUAAAAGACAAUGAUUUGACUUAUUAAUCAUAUAGUGAUAAAUAUGUAUUUAUUGAGAAAUAACUAUUUGCCUUGAUAAGUAGCAGUGUUGAUACAAAAUUGAUAUGUACGUUAAAACACGUGUGGAUAUUCUCUAAAAGGUCAUUGGUUGAUAUCUUUACUCGAUUAAAGCAGCUUUUUUGAGAUUCUAUGAUACUUUUAUAGUAACUUUUGGACUUCUGAUGAUGCUCAACUUGCUUACCACUUACCAGUUCACGAGGAAUCUUAGCAGUAUGAACUAUGAAGCAAUAUCUUAAUUGCUUUGAACUUGCCAUGGUUUCGUUGUGUGGAGCAGUAACCAAUCGGAGUGUUGCAUUUGUCAUUGAUUAUGCUAUUGUGUUUUACAGCUGAGAAAAGAUGGCUGGUGCAAGAACUUUGAGGUCUUGAGGAAGCCGGUUAUUUUGUUUUGAAUAGUGGGGUAUCUGAAUUUGGUUUCGGGAAUUGGUUUCUUGGGGUAUGAAUGGGGAAACUAUAAUUAACGGAUGCUAAUGCUUGGUCCAGUUGGGUUUCACAACAGGAUUUCUAAGCUGUCAUUGGGGUUUUACCUGUUUGGGUAUUAUGAUUAAGGUAUCUGUUAUAAGUUGUUGAAAUAACACGCGGGUGUAUGGCACAUUUCGAAGAAAAUGUUCUGGAGUUCUGGUCACCUAUGGGUGGUUUUACAGGGUUCGGGGAAAAGUACAACGCUUUUGUGGUGCCAACAAUUUGGUUUAAAAGAACAAGUAUGACCUCAUUUUCGACCAUUUGGAUUCAUAUGGUGGUUAAUUGGUUAGCUCAUAGGUUCGUAUUCCGUUUCAAAUUGGGUACAUUGUGCAGAGGCUUAUAGCCUAGCAGUAUCAAGGUGUGGAGAAAAAGGGUCCUUUCACAUGCGGUUGAGGGUUCAACGUAUAUUUAGGAGUAGGAUUAGAGGGGUGUGUGCGUUAGCCGGUCUAUAAAAAAGGGAGACGCUCAACGUUUAUCUAGUAUACAGUUUAUAGUUACACUGCAGAAGUAUUGCUAAAGGAUGGUUUUAGGUUUGCUUCAUUAGAUUCUUUUGGUCUUUUUAUUUUGAUUCGCAGAGAGGGUUUUGAAUUUUCAAGGAAUUUUAGGGUUAAGUUUUAUAUUUAGUGACCGAUGGGUUGUAUUCUUGUAUUGCUGCUUCACUGCAGGUGAUCCUACAAAAAGGGUGGUUAUUUUUGUAAUGCUGUUAUUGGUUACUUGAACUAUUAUGCUUAUGGGGGUAAAAUGAUGAAAUCGUUUGGUAGUUGCUUCCUUUGGUUUUGGGUAUUUGAGAAAUGAAUCGGGCUUUCAUUUAUGAGGUUUUUUAUACGCUGAACAUGGACCCACGUGUAUAUUUGGAUGGUUUUUCAGGGUAUAGAAUGCGUGCAGGUUCCGUGUCACCUGUACGCCGCCGAAACGGAAGUCAUCAUUACAGUCCUGAUUAUGACCAUUCUGACGGGGCCCCACCAGCUCGCAAUCGUGGAUUUGGCAGAGGGAGAGAGUCUGACAGAUAUCGAGAUUAUUCACCUCCUUCUUAUGGUCGUGGGAGGUUUGGUGGUGGAGGUAGGUUUGGCGGCAGAGGCGGGUUUCAUGGCGGCAGAGGCGGGUUUCAUGGCGGCGGUUCUAUGGGUGGCCGUGGUUUCAGAGGCGGUGGAGAUGUUAUACCCAGAAAUAACCCUAAUGUUCGUCCACGAGAGGGUGAUUGGAUGUGCACUGAUCCCACAUGCAACAAUCUGAACUUUGCAAGGCGUGAGAACUGUAACAACUGCAAUCGUUCCCGUUACGCACCACCCGGAAGUCCUCCUAGGAGGGGGUAUCCUGGCCCACCUCUUAUGCCCCGUCGUUUCCCUGGGCCACCGCUGGACCGAUCACCCGGAAGGUCCUUUAACAACGGCUACAGGUCUCCACCACGAGGGUUUGGUAGGGAUGGCCCUAGAGAUUUUGGGGUUGCGGGUCCACCUUUGCAUGGGCGGUUCCAGAGGGACAAUCACAGGCCCGACUACUUUGAAGACGAAUUAAGGGACCGGAACAACAGGUUCGAUAGGCCAAUGGUUCCGCCACCGGAAUGGGGAAGAGACCGAAAAGGGUAUGACAGGCGGCCGUUAUCUCCACCUGGACCGGCACCAGCAUCAUCGCCACCGCCUGUAGGCCGUGGUGGCGGGCGGUGGCUUCGUGAUGAGCGAGAACGGAGUAGGUCUCCGGUUAGAGGCGGUGGACCUAAAGAUUAUAGGCGGGAUGGUUACAUGGAUAGGGGACGAGAGGAGCGUAGGGGUAUCGGGCGUGACCCGUAUUAAGUAUAAGAUUGGUUUAGGUAUGUGGUUUUAGAACGCGAAUGUGUACUUGUGAGCCUUACAUAAGAUGUUGUGUUUGGUGGUUGUGUUUUAGUUUUUGAACCAUGCAUUUUGAUGACAAACUACAUAUCCAGUCAUCCUCCAAUUUUUGAACUUACAAGUACAACAAACAGUCUUGCAUUAAACUUUUUA